CAAUCGUCGUGACACGUCACACCUCCCUCUCCGCCGCCUCUCUGUUUCUUUUCUUCACCCAUUUGCUUCCCUUCUUCGUCUGUCGUGAGCUGAGCUGCUGUGGUAAGAGAGAUGAGUAACACAGCGAAGAAUAACCCAACGGUGGAGGAAGAAGAAGAAGAGGAUGAGGGAGACGUUUUCCUCGGUGAAUCCGAUGUCCUCCAUGAGUUCGAUGUCGACGGUGAAGAUCUUCCCGAAGCAGAUGAUGACGAAGAAGAAGAAGAAGAAGAGUUUGCAGAUGAAAACGAUGACUCCGUUCACACAUUCACCGGCCACAAAGGCGAGCUUUACGCGUUGGCUUGUAGCCCAACGGAUCCAACACUCGUAGCGACCGGAGGUGGAGAUGAUAAAGCCUUCCUCUUUAAGAUCGGCAACGGAGACUGGGCUGCUGAGCUUCUAGGUCACAAGGACUCUGUUUCCUCUCUAGCUUUUAGCUACGAUGGACAGUUACUUGCUUCUGGAGGUUUGGAUGGUGUUGUUCAGAUCUUUGAUGCAUCCUCUGGGACUUUGAAAUGUGUUUUGGACGGUCCUGGUGGUGGCAUCGAGUGGGUGAAGUGGCAUCCGAGAGGACACAUUGUGUUGGCUGGAUCAGAAGAUUGUUCUAUGUGGAUGUGGAAUGCUGAUAAAGAAGCUUAUCUUAAUAUGUUUUCUGGUCAUAACCAAAGUGUUACUUGCGGUGACUUCACCCCUGAUGGUAAACUGAUUUGUACUGGCUCUGAUGAUGCUAGUUUGAUUGUAUGGAACCCAAAAACUUGUGAAAGUAUCCAUGUAGUUAAAGGUCAUCCGUAUCACACGGAAGGGUUGAUAUGCUUGGACAUUAACUCUAACUCCAGUCUUGUUAUCAGUGGCUCAAAAGAAGGUUCUGUUCACAUUGUCAACAUAGUCACCGGAAAGGUUGUGAGCUCUCUUACUUCUCAUACAGAGUCAGUUGAAUGUGUGAAGUUUUCACCGAGCUCAGCAACAAUCCCUAUGGCUGCAAGCGGUGGAAUGGACAAGAAGCUUAUCAUCUGGGAUCUGCAGCAUUCAACUCCCAGGUUCAUCUGCGACCACGAGGAAGGUGUGACAUGCGUGACUUGGAUAGGAACCUCCAAGUACUUAGCCACUGGCUGUGCUGAUGGUACUGUGAGAGUUUGGGACAGCUUAUUAGGCAACUGCGUUCAUACCUUCCAUGGUCACCAAGAUGCGGUCCAGGCUAUCUCGGUCUCCACUAACACCGACUUCAUUGUUUCGGUCUCUGUUGAUAACACUGCUCGCGUCUUCGAGACAUCUGAGUUCCUAAACAAAACGGCAUAGGGCAAGUGAGAUAUAACACUUGUUAUAUGGUUCUUAUUACCUCUCGUUAUGGGUUCGGAUAAGUGAUGAAAAACAUUCUACUUUUCAAUUUUCUAUGCAAUGCAAUAUCAAAUAGUGUUAUGUUUCUUGUGUAGCUGAUAAGCAAAUAUCACACUGUGUCGAGCUAUCUCACACAUCACAAUA